CUCUGAGGUCAGUUUAGAGAAAAUGUUUGUGUUGCACUAAAAUCUAUGAAACCCAGGAGUUUGUUUCAAAAUGCCGACGACAGACAUAGACAGGUAAACUUUCCUCUGAUUUCCAGUCAGACUCACCAGUCAGACUAGUUUGGGCUCAUUUCUCCUCAUAACACUUUCUGUUUAAACUCACCUGUUCAGGUGUGACAUCAAUGGUUCUGCUGUGGUUCUGUUGGGUCUCAGUUUGUUGAUCAGAUAUUCAACUCUUUGGAUCGUUUGAAUAAAUUAAAUGGAGGAUGAUAUCUCUGCUCUCGUUGUUGACAACGGCUCCGGUGUGUCCAAGGCUGGGUUUGCAGGGGAUGAUGCUCCUCGUGCCGUUUUCCCCUCCAUUGUUGGGCGACCCAGACACCAGGGUGUGAUGGUGGGAAUGUGCCAGAAGGACAGCUUUGUGGGAGACGAGGCCCAGAGCAAGAAAGGCCUCCUGACCCUGAAGUCUCCCAUCAAGCGCGGGAUCAUCACCGACUGGGACGACAUGGAGAAGAUCUGGCAUCACACCUUCCUCAACGAGCUCCAUGUCGCUCCGGAGGAACAUCCGGUCCUACUGACAGAAGUUCCUCUCAACCCCAAAGCCAACAGGGAGAAGAUGACCCAGAUCAUCUUUGAGACGUUCAACUCUCCUGCCAUCUAUGUGGCCAACCAGGCUGUCCUGUCGCUGUACGCCUCCGGUCGUCUCACAGGUACUGUGAUAGACUCUGGUGAUGGUGUCAGCCACACUGUGCCGAUCUAUGAAGGCCACGCUCUUCCUCACGCCGUCCUGCAUCUGAAUCUGGCUGGCAGAGAUCUGACAGACUACCUGAUGAAGAUCCUCACAGAGAGAGGCUACAGCUUCACUACCACUUCUGAGCGUGAGAUUGUGCACGACAUCAAGGAGAAGCUCUGCUAUGUGGCUCUAGACUUUGAGCAGGAGAUGCAGAUGGCAGCUUCUUCCUCUUCCCUGGAGAAAAGCUAUGAGCUUCCUGACGGCCGAGUCGUUACCAUUGGCAACGAGCGUUUCCGCUGCCCAGAGGCGCUCUUCCAGCCAUCUUUCAUCGGAAUGGAGUCUGAUGGUAUUCAUGAAACAACUUACAACAGCAUCAUGAAGUGUGACGUGGACAUCCGUAAGGAUCUGUUCGCCAACACUGUCCUUUCCGGCGGAACCACCAUGUUCCCUGGAAUCACUGACCGCAUGCAGAAGGAGAUCACUGACCUGGCCCCAUCCAGCAUGAAAGUCAAGGUCAUAGCUCCACCAGAGAGGAAGUACUCGGUCUGGAUCGGCGGCUCCAUCCUGGCCAAUCUCUCCACCUUCCAACAGAUAUGUAUCAGCAAGCAGGAGUACAAUGAAUUCGGCUCAACCAUCGUCCACCACAAGUGCUUCUGAAGCGUCCUCCCUGUCCCAGAGAGGCGCCUGAUUUUCAGCUGCUGCAUCCAGCUGGGAGGCCGUCUGGUUCAUCUGUUGUAAACGGACUCAAACAUUCUGUUGGACAUUUUAGUUUGAUUAUUCUACUUUUAGUGAUGUUUAACCGUAGCACAUGUGGAAACAUUAGAUUGAUCAUGAUUGUUUUGAGUAGGCCUCAAUGUAGGUUAGAUUUAGAUUUAUGAUUUAAUCAAUAAUCUGAUCAGUAGAAUAUUUUUUCUUAGAUAUAAUGACCACACUUUGAUUAAAAUUAGUCUAAUCAGUAAGUUUUAUUUUAAAUCACAGUCUUAACAAGUGUGUAAGUCAUAUAUUCAUCUGAAAAUGUUUUCGUUCAUUAUAACCAAUGAAGUAGAAAACUAAUCAGAAAAUGUUGAGUGUAACAAAUGUUUUGGUAUUGAAACUGUUAAUGUCUGUUUUGUAAGAGUUUGAAGAUAUUAUAUGAAACGUGCCAAUGUUUAUAAUCAGAAUCUGCUGUUUGAUGCCCUGGGUCAGAGGUCAGAGGUCAGCAGAGCUCUGUGCGGUUCAGGAACCAGUUUGAAGCAGUUUGGAAGAAUGAAAAUCAUGGAUAGCU